GAUAUAUAACAAAUUCUUCAUUAAUUAAAUAAAAUCUCAAGUUGUAUUUUUGUAAAUUUGACCAGUUUUUAAUAAUUUUACUUGACAAUUUUUAUUUUAUUUUAUUGACAUAGCAACAAGAAAUCACAAAGACACAAACCAAUAAGACUACCUAAUCACUUAGUAUUAAUUACACAACAAACAAAUAAAAUUUUGAUUAUUCAGACCCUUUUCCAUGGUAAUGAUGAGAGGAUCAGAGGAAUAUUCUUCAAGAUACCUUUUAACAUUCCCCAAAGGCCCAAACAAUUAAAAAAACUUCUCAAUUUUUCUAUCCAAAAUACUUUUUUAUUAUCGAAAAAAAAGCUCUCAAUAGUAAUACCAUCAUGACGUUAGAAAGUUACGCCGGCGAUGUUCACACCGUACCACAAUCGGAGAACUCGAUGGAGGAGAGAGGUGGCGGUGAGCUUUUCGUGCCACCUCUUAACUUCGCUAUGGUCGAUAAUGGAAUUUUCCGUUCUGGUUUCCCUGAACCCGUCAGUUUCAGCUUUCUCCAGUCUCUGCGACUCCGAUCCAUCAUAUAUUUGUGCCCUGAGGCAUAUCCAGAGGUGAACAGAGAAUUUGCAAAAUCAAAUGGGAUCCAAGUUUUUCAAUUUGGAAUUGAAAGAUGCAAGGAACCCUUUGUUAAUAUCCCUGACGAGGUAAUCCGAGAAGCAUUACAAGUACUUCUAGAUACAAAGAAUCAUCCUGUCUUGAUUCAUUGCAAAAGUGGCAAGCAUCGGACGGGAUGUCUUGUAGGUUGUGUGAGGAAGAUUCAGAGAUGGUGUUUGUCCUCCAUCUUCGAUGAGUACCAAAGAUUCGCAGCUGCGAAAGCUAGAAUCUCAGACCAAAGAUUCAUGGAGCUCUUUGACAUCUCCAAUCUAAAGCAUUCACCACUCAACUUCUCAUGUUCCAAGAGGUAUAAUAAUACUAUUGAUUACUGAAAAACAAAAUGUAUUUAUGUGUUGAAUGCAAGUUGUAGUUUUUAAGCUAGAUGAUGAUAAUGGGAGAUUUUCUUAUCUUUCAAUAUAAAUACUUUUAUUCCAAAUUAAAUAAAUAAAAAUUGGAUCGGAGGUUGUAGAAAUAUACGCGACACUCCUUCAUUUUAA